UCUGGAAAAUUACUUCGUGGCUGCAUCACCGAGAUCUAUGCUCCACUGUGCUCCCUUCCGGUUCGCUCUGUUGGAGUGGUUGUGUCUUGUUUAGUUUAGCUGUAAUUAAAUCUUUCUCCAUCUUCCACUAUGAAGAUCUAUAAGGAUAUUUUCACCGGUGAUGAGAUGUUCUCAGACACCUACAAAAUAAAACUGAUUGACGAUGUUAUGUAUGAAGUAUAUGGCAAGUUAGUUUCUCGUAAAGCUGGAGAGAUAGAAAUUGCUGGAUUUAAUCCAUCUGCAGAAGAAGCUGAUGAAGGCACAGACGAAUCUGUAGAAACAGGCGUUGAUGUUGUUCUAAAUCACAGACUUCAAGAAACUUUUGCAUUUGGUGACAAAAAGUCAUAUACCCUCUAUCUGAAAGAUUAUAUGAAGAAAUUAGUUGCAAGGUUGGAAGAGAAAGCUCCUGAUCAGGUGGAAGUAUUCAAAACAAACACGAAUAAAGUUAUGAAGGACGUAUUAAGUCGUUUUAAGGACUUGCAGUUCUUCACUGGUGAAUCUAUGGACAUUGAUGGCAUUGUCGCAAUAAUGGAAUAUCGCGAUAUCGACGGUGAUUCUGUGCCUGUACUUAUGUUAUUCAAACACGGUCUUGAAGAAGAAAAGUUUUAAAUAAUUCUAGAUAUUCAACAAAUUGCAAAAAAAAAUAUUAUAAACUGAAAUCAAGACUGUACACAUGCUGGAAAGCUGUGAAAUUUAGUUGAAGGGAAACACGAUACUACUUCCAAUCUCAUUUUAUAAUGCAAUUAACUUAUUUUCUUUCCAAAAAAAAAAAAAAAACUAAUCAGUAACGGACUCAAAGAAAGUAAUAUUUGUACAUAUAAUGUAUCUGAAUAGAUAAUCUCAGACACGAUAUUCCUUCGAUGUAUCUGUAUUUAAAUCAUUGUGGUGAUUGUAAGAUUAUUUUAUAUCGUUUUUUUUUUAUUCGAUACCGUUAAACCAUUUUAUUUAUGAUUGAGAAAUGGAAGAUGGGGAAAGACCUUUGCAGCAAUGAAACUACAAUGCCUAUAAUUAUCGUUAACAUCAGGAAACGUCAGUGAAUAAUAAGUAUAACAGAAACAACAUACUCUGUAUAACGUCUCACACGAAUAAAAAGUGUUUUCAUAAGUACUGCUCA